AUGUAUUUACUGGAGUUCGAACCUUUAAGCCAUUUUGAGUCUUGUGCCUCUGUAGAUUUUCUUCGUGGGAAUGCAGCUACAAUGCUUAACUUUGAAGCCCGUCAUAGAUUAGGUAACCUGCUGAAAGAGAAUUCAGAUAUAUUUAGUCUAGGGGGAGCGUGCACAACAUAUGCCGAAGAUUAUAUUGAUACUGGUGAUCAUCCACAUAUAUCAGCCCCGCCUUACCGGUUGACACCAGCAAAGAAAGAAAUAAUGAAAGCAGAAUUGGAGAAAAUGUUACAAGAAGGAUUAAUCAAUGAAUGCGAAUCCACGUGGCCCUCACCCGCCGUCUUGAUACCUAAAAAAGAUAACACUGUUAGGUUCUGUGUGGAUUACCGCAAACUUAAUAGUAUUACUAAAACCGAUACUUAUCCUCUUCCUUCAAUUGACAAGCUACUUCAAUGCACCAAACGUCAUUGUUUUAUCAGCACUAUUGUCAUUAGGUCAGGAUACUGGCAAAUAAGUGUGGCGCCAAAAGAUAGUGACAAAACAUGUUUUAUUACACCGUUUGGUACCUUUCGUUUUACGCGCAUGCCUUUUGGCUUAAAAAUGAAAUGUUCCAGCAACUUUCCAGAGACUGAUGGAUAG